CGGGACUUCUGUGUUUCAUAACAACACCGAGCACUUUCAUAUAAAAGAUGAGCCCUGUCCGAUCUUGCUUGUGUUUAGCAGGUGUGAAUUUAAUAACGAAGGCAUGACUUGGUUGACUGUCUGAAAGGGAAUAUUUGCAGCCUGUCAAAAUGAAGGGGCUUUUUCUUGUGGAACCUGUGGUGGCCCUGUUUGCUUUCUCCAGUUUUCUCAUAUAUCCUCUGGUGCAGCAGUAUGUGUAUCGGAGGCUCUGGCAGGAGCUGACAAACACCACCUAUCCCAUCUUUGACAACACCUCCAGAUGUGCGACAAACAACAGCAGCAACCAUUCAAGCUAUCAUAAGGAAGUACAAAGACAAGCAUCUCUCUUCUCCCUUUACACAGAGCUCUUCUCCACAAUCCCCUCUUUGGUUGUUACUUUCAUGCUUGUGGCCUACAGUGACCGCGGAGGACGCAAGAUCACCAUCAUCAUGCCGUUGAUUGGCACGUUGAUCUACACCUUGGCCUUCCUGACCGUGUCUUACUUUGAGCUCAGCAUUUACUUGCUCAUUGGCUCCUCGCUUCUCAGUUCUCUGUUUGGUGGCUUGGGCACAUUCCUUGGGGGAUGUUUCGCCUACAUAGCAGACCUGUGUGAGGAUGAUCGUCAGAAGACACUGCGCAUGGCUGGACUGGACAUGAUGAUUGGCCUGUUGACUGGGGUGGCUGCCAUAUCAACCGGCUACUUCCUGAGAGCUGCAGGUUUUAACUGGCCUUUCCUAACCUCUGCCCUGUUUCAGUGUUUUAUAUUACUCUAUGCAAUUUUCAUCUUAGAGGAGACUGUGAAGAAACCUCCGGCUGAUGCCGUUAUUUUAGAUGAGUCUCCUCGGUGCUCAGCCCUGAAACAGAUGACCACCGGGGUCUACAGAAUGUUUAUAGGUGUCAGCCCCAGGUGCAGAACUGUUCUGGUCCUCCUGAUGCUCAUCUUCACCAGCUUCUCCUUCUCUUAUGUGGGAGGGAUCACCCUGAUGACACUAUAUGAGCUCAAUGAACCACUCUGCUGGACAGAGAUUUUGAUUGGCUAUGGCUCAGCGCUAUCCACCACUGUGUUCCUGGUCAGUUUUGCAGGAGUGUCAGCGUUCACAUACUGUGGUGUGCCACAGCUGCUCAUUGUCCUGAUGGGGAUCCUGUCUGUAGCAGCAGGCAUGGUCCUGGCAGCAUUUGCCAAGACCACUUUACUGAUGUUUAUAGUGAGGGUGCCAAUGCUUCUGUCUAUAAUGCCUUUCCCUGUUCUGCGUUCCAUGAUGUCAAAGAUCAUCUCAAAGUCUGAGCAGGGAGCCCUGUUUGCCUGUCUUUCCUUUCUGGAGAGUUUAACUAACAACGUAUCAAGCGCAGUCUUCAACAGUAUCUAUGCUGCUACGGUGGCAUGGUACCCUGGCUUCGUUUUCCUGUUGUCUGCAGGUCUCUGUGCCAUCCCUUUGUUUGUCGUCGGGGUGGUUGGUGUGAUAGGAGUGGAUGUUCCCAAAGAGGUCAAAAAGCCUGAGGAUCCUGUUGAUGAUCAGAAUGACAACAGUCCUCUCAUUAGCUGAGCCGUGCGUACUGCCAAAACCUCACCAGCACUUUGUUCUUUUUUUCUUCAGUCAUUUUCUUUUCCAAAAAUACCUCAGUGACUCUUGUUUCCAGUUCUAUAUAUUAACAAUGCAGGUUACAGAUUCAUCUCUUAGGUUUUGAUGUGGUAGUUUGGGCUAUUGAACUUGAACAUUAUGUAGACACAACAGGGAUGAGUAGGCAAACAGGUUCUGAACUGAUUUUUUUAAGCAGACCACUGUUGGAUGACAUAAUAGAGUACUAAGAAUCUUCAGCGAAGGGGUAUUAAGUGAUGCACAUAAAAGCUAACAGGUUCUCCACUAAGAGUGGUGUAUUAGCAUUCUCAGAUAUUAUUUAUACCUCAAAAUGGCCUGACUGUGACAGUACUAGUUGAAAGGAUUUAAGUUUCACAGUGUGAUUUGAUUUGCAGAUUUAGAAAUUUUUGCGAUCCAUUUAUGAACUGAUUCAGAUCUCCGAUACCUGUUGUCUCUUUGUAUUUCCUCUUUUGUGCAAUGUUAAUGUCUUUACAAAGAGCUCAGCUGACGCUUGUAUUUAAAACAAAUCUACAAUUUUGAUGCAUUGUAUUAUCUAAAAUCCACAUGAAGUGAUGUAAAAAUAAACAACAUUUUGCAUACAUAUGAACGUGAAGCAAGAGGGAGGAAAGGGUUUUCAAAAGGAACAAACUACUCUGAGCCAGGGUGAAAGCUGGAAUUAAAUAUAAUGAGAAAUGCUGAAUGGUUUCUUAUAUGGGACAGAAAUAUGUUAUGUUUGUGUAUCUACCCUUUACUGUGCCAAAAACAAUGAAGUCAAAACAGGAAUGAAAUUUUAGAUUGUAGUUGUGGGUAGAUCACUAAGAGGGAAUUUUAUCCUUCCAUAACUUUUGUUGUUUUUUUGGGAGGAGGUGGAUUUAUUUUUUAGUAACUACACAGAUGAUAAAAUCCUUGCAAUGUUGCUUUGUGACUCAAUUCCAAAUGUUGUAUCACACUAUCACUUUUUAAAUCUCAACAGUGCAAAUAUUUUAAUAAAUCUCUAAUGCUAGAUGUUUUUUGUUUGUUAUGUUAUCUUGUUCCUACUGUAUGUCUUUGUGUAAGUAUGAUUAAAAAAUAAACAUAAUUAAAUUGUU